CGUACAGUACAUACAAAAAGAAAAGAAAAACUGCAUGCCAGCCUGAUUCUCCUCUGCUUUACAUCUCAAAGGAACUGAUUCCCUUCUCUUUCUCUGAAAUUUCCUUUACUUUAACGAUCAAAAGAAGAUUCCCCCAUUAUGACAAAUUCUGAAAGCCAGAGCCCUGUAAAUUGCACAAUGGCUGCUGCUGUUAUAUAUCAGCUAAGAAAUUAGCAAGCUAGAGGUACAGGAGAAGACGAUCGAGGGGCCGUCCGGUGAUGUCAAGCAGUAGCUCCAGGCAGACCAUUGAAGUCAUUACAACAGAAGAAGCUCCACUGAAAUGGAGCGUUGCUUUGAGAGAAGAAGUUUUCAAGAGGUUUCUUCUGGGACAGGGGACGUCAAAUACUACUACUACUACUACUUUGAAGAAGAGGGUAUUCGGCGAGGGCUCAAUUUUCAGUCCCCUGUUGUUUGGCAAGUUCUUCGAUCCUUCUGACGCCUUCCCACUAUGGGAAUUCGAGUCCGAGGUGUUGCUCGCCGCCCUCCGGAGCUCCGGCAAGACCACCGUUGAUUGGUACCAGACCGAUGAAGCCUACGUGUUAAGAGCACAACUUCCAGCGGUAAAAGCAGUUGCAACAUCAGGAGGGAGUGGGAAGAACAGCAGUGCAGUGAAGGUGUGUGUUGAGAAUGGGAAAGUGGUGGAGGUGAGUGGACAGUGGAAGCCAUUGAAGGACGAUCAGUCAAGCUCAAAGGCAAAGCCAGGGGACUGGAGAAGUGAGGAUUGGUGGGAAUAUGGGUACGUGAGAAGGCUGGAACUGCCAGAGGAUGCUGCUGCUGAUUCGAAGCAAAUGGAAGCAAACCUGAUCACCAGCUGCACUACUGGUAAUGAAACAACGCUUCUGCUGGAACUAAGGAUUCCCAGGAAGUGCAGCAGCUUCAGUGACUGCAACAGCGACCUCCCUCUUCCUUGAACGGAUUGAAGGAUGAUAUACAGUAAUUGAUUCACAUCUCCUUCUCCAAUGGAAUGAGUGUCUGUCUGAUCAAUUGUAUGCUUGUGAAAUGGCACUAGCUUCUUCCGGCAGAGAGCUAGGGGCAUGCUAUGAUUCUUGUUAAUAUGUUUGUCACGUUACUGAUAUUCUCAACUUUUAGUGUAACUUUUUCACUCAUAUGGCUAGAUCGAUCUAAAAUGGAAAGUUUUCUUUCCUACUCUCUGGUCUUUAAGAUCGGAACUUGUAAGAAAAACGAAGGAAAACAUUAUAUAAUAUAGGGUAGCGUUGUUA